AUGGCCGCCUUAAACAGAUUUGUGAGCAAGUCGGCAGAUAAGCAAAUGCCCUUCUUCACAACCCUGAGGCAAAACAAGAAGUUCAAAUGCGGGCCGGCAGAGCAAGAGGCCUUUGAAGCUCUAAAAAGUCACUUAAAGAACCUGCCAACAAUAGCAAGGGCAAAAGAGGGCGGCAAAUUACAACUGUACAUAUCGGCGUCGCCAAAGACAGUUGCAGCAGUACUGGUAGCCGAAACAAAGAACAAAGGGCAGCAGCCGGUAUAUUUUGUGAGCCAUGUGCUAAACGGCCCAGAAACAAGGUACACGUUGGCUAGAAAGUUAAGACCAUACUUUGAUGCGCAUACAAUCGAAGUGCUAACAAACUUUCCUCUCGAAAAAGCCAUCAGCAAGCUAGAUACAUCAGGCCGGUUGCUAAAAUGGGCAAUAGAGUUGUCCGAGUUUGACUUGGAAUUCCGGCCAAGAACUGCAAUCAAAGCCCAGGCAUUGGCGGACUUCAUAGUUGAAGCGUCAUACCAAGAAGAUGAAGUACAAGCUGAAGUAUGGGAUGUGUCAGUGGAUGGUUCAGCCGCACAGAAAGGCAGUGGGGCUGGAAUAAUCAUGAAAUCGCCAGCAGGAGACAUUUUUGAGUAUGCUAUAAAGUUUACGUUCAACGCGUCAAAUAACGAGGCAGAAUACGAGGCAGCAAUUGCCGGCAUCCAAAUGUGCCUCGCAGCAGAUGCCAAAAGAGUAAUACUGACAACAGAUUCCCAGCUGGUAGCAAGUCAAUUCAGCGGGGAAUAUGAGGCCAAAGAACCUUCGAUGGUCAAAUACCUGGAGAAGUUGAGGUCGGUGUCGGCUCAGCUAGAGAAAUUCAGCAUUAAUCUGGUACCCCGAGCAGAGAACACACUGGCAGACGCCCUAUCAAAGUUAGCAAGUUCAAAUGUCGCCGACUUGAAAAGAACAGUCAUGAUGGAAGUCAUGAAUAAGCGAAAUUUUGCAGAGGCCAAAAAGGCAAGAAGGGACUCGGUUUGGUACAUCAUCCUGUGGGGACGGUUGUACAAAAAGUCAUUUAGCCUGCCAUUCUUAAGGUGCCUGACAGCAUUCGAGUCAGCAAGGCUGAUCGAAGAGAUGCACGAAGGAACAUGUGGGAACCAUGCCGGUGGAAAACCCCUUGCCAUCAUCUGUCAAAGGCAAGGCUAUUACUGGCCAACAAUGUUAGAAGAUUGUCGAGCUUAUGUAAAAAAGUGCGAGAAAUGUCAAAAGUUUUCAGCUGUGAUAAACUUGCCGGCCAAUGAUUUGAUGCCCAUUCUGAACCCAAUCCCAUUCGCACAAUGGGGAAUGGAUAUUGUUGGACCAUUCCCAAUGGCGGCUGGAGGGCGCAAGUUCUUAAUAGUAGCAGUGGACUACUUCACCAAGUGGAUAGAAGCAGAGCCGGUAGCAAAAAUAACGGCAAACCAGGUGAAAAAAUUCAUAUGGAAAAAUAUAAUAACAAGAUUCGGGCUGCCGCAGGCAAUAGUUUUUUAUCAUGGAUCACAGUUUGAUUGUGCACCCAUACAAUGCUUCCUGGGAUUAUAUAGAGUAAAGUUAGCUCACUCAUCAGUAUGUCACCCACAGAGCAAUGGGCAAGCAGAGGCGGCGAAUAAGCAAAUCUUGGCUGCACUGAAAAAGAAGCUAGAAGACUGUAAAGGCAAAUGGGCAGAUCUUAUGCCAGAAAUUCUAUGGUGCAACAGAACUGCUAUCAAGGAGGCUACCGGCGAGAGUCCGUUCAAAUUGAGCUUCGGUUCUGAGGCUGUCAUACCGGCAGAAAUGGCUCUGCCAACCAUGCGAAUCCAGCAUUACGAUGAGGAGAGAAACGAUCAGCUGCUGCGACAUCAGUUGGAUUUCAUGCCAGAAAUCCGCAUGAAAGCAGAAGUAAGUUCGGCAGCAUACAAAAGCAGAAUGAGCAGAGCAUACAACAAGAAAGUGAGGCAUCGGCCUCUAGGAGUGGGAGACCUGGUACUGCGGAGAACGGCGGCAACAGGAAAAGGAAAUGCUCAAGGAAAGCUGACAGCCAAUUGGGAAGGACCAUACCAGAUGUGGGAGGAAAUAGUUCCUGGAUCAUACCGGUUAAUGCAAAUGGAUGGUACCGCACUCAAAAACUCCUGGAACGCCAGUACUCUGAGAAAGUACUAUGUUUGA